CCACACUGUCUCCUUCCUCGCUCCUUCGUCGUUCACCUCUUUUCCACUCCCUCCCUUUCCUCCUUCCUUCCUUCCCCUCUCUUCUCAUGCAAGCUUUCUAGGGUUUCAGCCGAUCUUCCAGAGCAAAGUCCCCAUACAAUGGAUUCCCAAAUUCAACAAGGAGAUAGGGAUUUGGAAUCGGGGCCUUCUCCGUUACCGAUAGCGUCAUCGUCAACGUCUCCGUUACCCUCCCCGUCGCCGUCCCCGUCGUCGGCGUCGACAGCUCCGGCGCUCGUGCUGUCGAAUUCCGGCAAGCGGAUCGACCAGAAGAAGAAGUAUGUGAAGCAGGUAACGGGCCGGCAUAACGACACGGAGCUCCACCUGGCGGCGAAGCGGGGCGAUCUGGCAGCCGUGCGGCAGAUCCUUGGGGAGAUCGACGCGCAGAUGGUGAGGGCAGCGGCGAGUACGGACUUCGACGCUGAGGUGGCGGAGAUACGGGCGGCGGUGGUGAACGAGGUGAAUGAGCUGGGGGAGACAGCGCUGUUUGUGGCAGCUGAGGGUGGGCACCUUGGUGUGGUGGAGGAGCUUCUUAAGUAUUCUGAUCGGGAUGGGGUCGCAAGGAAGAACCAGUCGGGGUUCGAUGCGCUGCAUAAGGCGGCGACCCAGGGGCAUAAAGACAUUGUGCAGGUACUUCUGAACCAUUAUCCAGAGCUAAGCAAAACGCUUGGCCCUUCAAAUGCAACUCCUCUUGUAUCCGCAGCAUCGAGGGGGCACACAGAGGUAGUGCAUGAGCUACUAUCAAAAGAUUCUAGCUUAUUGGAGAUAUCAAAAAACAAUGGGAAAAAUGCAUUACAUUUAGCUGCCCGACAAGGGCAUGUACAAAUUGUACAAGCAUUACUCGACAAGGAUCCGCAGUUGGCACGGAGGACUGACAAGAAAGGACAAACUGCACUACACAUGGCUGUAAAAGGAGUUAGCUGUGAAGUAGUGAAGCUGCUUCUUGAGGCAGAUGCGGCUAUAGUAAUGCUACCAGACAAGUUUGGAAACACAGCAUUGCACGUAGCUACAAGGAAGAAGCGGUCAGAGAUAGUGAAUGAGUUGCUGCUACUCCCAGAUUCCAAUGUCAAUGCACUAAACCGAGAUCACAAAACAGCAUUCGACAUAGCUGAAGGGCUGCCUCUCUCUGAAGAAGCCUCGGAGAUAAAAGAGUGUCUGGCCCACCAUGGUGCAGUUAGGGCAAACGAGCUGAACCAGCCAAGGGAUGAGCUGAGAAAGACUGUAACAGAGAUCAAGAAAGAUGUUCAUACCCAACUUGAACAAACCAGGAAAACCAAUAAGAACGUACACGGAAUCGCCAAGGAGCUUAGGAAGCUGCAUAGGGAAGGGAUAAACAAUGCCACCAACUCCGUGACUGUGGUUGCUGUGCUCUUUGCCACAGUGGCUUUUGCGGCCAUUUUCACUGUGCCCGGUGGGGACCACAAUUCUGGCGUGGCAGUGGUUGUGAAUCACACUUCGUUCAAGAUCUUUUUCCUCUUCAAUGCUGUUGCACUGUUUACUUCUUUGGCGGUGGUGGUGGUUCAGAUCACGUUAGUGAGAGGGGAGACGAAAUCAGAGAGGCGGGUUGUGGAGGUGAUCAACAAGCUGAUGUGGUUGGCAUCGGUGUGCACGUCGGUCGCAUUCAUCGCCUCAUCUUAUAUUGUCGUUGGUCGCCAUUACAGGUGGGCCGCGAUUCUGGUCACGGUCAUUGGUGGAGUGAUAAUGGGUGGGGUCCUUGGCACCAUGACUUACUAUGUGGUGAAGUCCAAGCGCAGCCGGUCACUUAGGAAGAGGGAGAAAUCGAAAUCGUCGAGGAUAAGCGGGUCGAAUUCGUGGCAUCACUCGGAGUUCUCUGAAUCAGAAAUCAAUCCCAUUUAUGCUCUUUGAUGGGAUUCAAGCUGGAUCCAUUUUCAAGAUGGUUUUUCAUUUUGCAUUCAGUGCCUGUUUAUGCUACCCAAAAGAAUCAGUUUCUGUUAUAAGCUGUUACCUUGUGUAUAUGAUACAAGGAUUGAGCAAACAAUCCUGUCAUGGAACUCUUGCCUAGACGGAGUUUUGACGCUGGAUCAGAUGGCUUAAUCUUUCAUCAUUAUUAGAAAAAUUCGAUUCGUCUCAUUCUCCACCACAUUAAUGAGCAAUCUCCAUGUAUCUUGCAGGCCCCUCCAUGAAUGGGCCACGGCCAAAAAAUCUCUGACCAGAUGAUCUUAACAGUGGAAGUACUGGACUGGUGCUGCAAUUCCUAUAUGUUUUUAGUUUAACUCAGCCCAAGCUAUCUUCUUGCC